AUAAGACAGUGUCUUAUAUUAAUUUUUGCUCCCAAAGAUGCGCUAGGUCUUAUUUUCAGGGGAUGUCUUAUUUUUCAGAAAUGAAAAAUGCCUUAUUAUCGGUGGAUGCCUUAUCGGGGAGGUCUUAUUAUCGGGGGGAUGCCUUAUAUUACAACGAGAGGCAAAACUGACUAGAAUCAGAAGUUUCUCUGAGACUUGAAGUUUCUGUAACUAUCUUAUUGUGAAAGGAACUGGUUUUUGUGUAGAAGUGGCCUCCUGGUUUCAGUGUUCCCUUUAAUGUGGCAAGAUCAACAAGCUACCAAGAUUUCAUAACCACCUUGUGUAGGGAAGCUACUGAAAGACACAAUGACUGAGUUCUUGGUUUGCUUUAACUGGUGCAGUGGUGAGCAGCCCCAGCCAAAGAGACGUCGGAGACUAGACCGAAAUAUGAUUGGAAAACCAAUGAACUUUGUCCAUACUGCCCAUGUUGGAACAAGAGAUAUGAAUAGUGGUUUUACAUCUGCUGGGUCAAUUCAGGACCAUAUGAAGUCAAAAGGUGGCUACACAAAUGGCCCUCCUGCAAGUGCACAGCUAUAGAAAACUCGAAAGGAGACUGAUGCACCAAUUUUUGAAAUUCUGGAAACUGAUGUUACUGGAAGACCUCACUUGUUUACACUAAUAGUAAAAGAUAUUCUACUGGGGAAUGGAGUAUUUCAUAGUAAUGAACAUUUCUCUGAAUCCAGUGGUUGGAUGCCCACAUGCUAAUUAAUUCUUUGCUGGAACUGUACACUAGUAUUGCUUUUAACUUUAUAAAUUAGAUCUUACUUUUUUUGUCUUAAAGCCCAGUGAAGUCUCCACAACCCUAAGGCUUUUGUGAUGGAUACUCUCACAAAAUAACUAGGUUCUCCACCCUAAAGUAGGUCCAGGUGACUGGAAAAACUAUUUUUCCAGUCACAGGUCAGUUUUUUCCAUCACUGAGCUGUAAGUGCCUUGCAUGUUCUCUCCCACUACUAUAAUAACUGCAACAGAUCUUCACUGUGCCAAAGUCUCUGAAAGAGGCUGGAUGGGUCUCAACAGAAUGCUCAGGACUUUCUUUAGACUUAAUGUAAAUUGCUGCUGCAUAAACUUAAGUACCAAUUAAAUUUUAAACUCUCAUCUAGAGAUGACAUUCUAGGUAUCAAGCAGUCAUGUAGCACUGGUGGAGGUUGGGUGGGGUUUUUUUGGUAGCUGAUUUUUAUUAUUUAUUAUUAUUUUGCCCCCCCCAUGGUAGUGAUGCCAGAUCUAUCUAACAAGUGACAGCCUGUCUUCCAGACACUUAAAAAAAUAAAACCAGUCUCUGAUUACUUUGUUUUUUAAAUGCAUUGGAAGUUCUUAAAUUUUUUUUUAAACUGAAGUAGAUGAUGUAAUGGCCUAAAUUAAAGAGAAAAUAGGUAGACUAGUCUUAAUCACUUCUCGAAACCUACCACAUUUGACACUUAAAUGCUAAAUUGUAUUCUGGGUAUAUUUGAUAUAUGUACAGUGCUGGCAUUUUGAGAUGUUGCUUUUGUUAAAUAGUCAUGAAGGCCAGAAGCAACAAGUUUAAGUAUCCCUUGAAGUGACUAGGUCCAUAAUCACUGUCACAAGUGCAUCCAUACCCUUUUUUAUCUUGGGUAAUAGACAAUUGUCCUCUCAAACUGUGCAGUUGGUAUGGAUGCAGCAAUUUAAAGUGGUCAUAAGUGAAAUCAAGGAAGCAAGUUAAGUUCAUGAACUUGAAUUAUUGCCAACUUUAGAGCAUUGACAAGACACCUGGUAAGUCAGUGGAACUUUCAUUUAUUUCAACAGGAGUAGGAUCAGGCCUUUAGGUUUGUCUUUAAAAUAUCUUUCAACACCGUGUGAUCUGACCACUGUCAUGCGACUCUCCUAUAAAUUAGAGGUCUUCUGUGACUGAAAUGUGUCAGCGUAUACAUAUUGCUAUAAGAGCUGAUGUGAAGGCCUAAGAUGAGGGGCUGUUCUAUGUCUCUGUACACUCAGAGUAGAGAAACAGUCUUCUUUCAAAUGAAUUGAACACUAUUUUUACUGUAAUUUUCUAAAGUGACUGUGCAGUAACUACACAAAGCAAAGAUUAAUUACUCUUUUUGGCAUGUGUAUAUCUGAUUAGAAUACAUGCCCUGUUUUUAAAUAGCAAACUAUAGACUAGCAUGAGUAUCUAAUUUGUAAUUCUAACACAAGAUCAGUCAUUCUAAGUUUUUCCAACUUGGUUUUUGGAUCAUAAAUACUGUAAUUGUUCAAUAAAUACCACCUUGCAAACUCAA